AUGGACCCAGUCAAGUACAUUUUCAAGAAGCCCACUCUUAUAGGGCGGAUUACUCAAUGGCAAGUUUUGCUAUCUGAGUUCGACAUCGUCUAUGUCACCCAAAAGGCGAUAAAGGGAAGUGCCUUGGCAAACUAUUUGGCUCAGCAACCUCUGAAUGAUUACCAGCCCAUGCAUCCGGAGUUUUCGGAUGCAGACAUUAUGGCCUUGUUCGAAGAGAAGUUAGAGGAUAAGGACAGGGAUAAGUGGAUCGUGUGGUUUGACGGUGCGUCCAACGCCCUACGCCAUGGGGUUGGGGCGGCUUUGGUCUCUCUCAAUAAUCAAUGCAUUCCCUUCACAGUCAUAUUGGGUUUUGAUUGCAUGAACAACAUGGUCGAAUACGAGGCAUGCGCCCUCGAGAUCCAAGAGGCAAUUGACUUCAACGUCAAGUUGCUCAAAGUGUACGGAGACUCAGCCUUUGUGAUUCAUCAACUGAGAGGAGAAUGGGAGACUAAGGAUCAUAAGCUGAUACCCUAUCAGUUUUACAUCAAGAAGUUGGCUGAGUUCUUCGAUGAUGUCACUUUCCUCCACGUUUCCAAAGAGGAGAAUCAAAUGACCGAUGCACUCGCCACUCUAGCAUCCAUGUUCCAGCUGACUCCACACGGAGACUUGCCGUACAUCGAGUUCAGAUGUCGCGGCAAGCCCGCACAUUGCUGUUUGAUAGAAGAGGAACAAGAUGGUAAACCUUGGUACUUCGACAUCAAGCGAUACAUCGAAAACAAGGAGUACCCACAAGAGGCUUUCGACAACGACAAAAAAACAUUAAGAAGGUUGGUAGCCAGUUUCUUCUUUAGUGGAAGCAUUCUAUACAAAAAAAACCAUGACAUGGUUUUACUCCAAUGUGUGGAUGCCAGGGAGGCUGAACAAAUGCUAGUAGAAGUCCACGAAGGUUCCUUUGGAACACAUUCCAACGAGCAUGCUAUGGCCCAGAAGAUUCUGAGGGCAGGAUAUUACUGGCUCACCAUGGAGAGCGGCUAUUGCAUCCAUGUUAGGAAAUUCCACAAGUGCAAGACAUUCAUGGACAAUGUCAAUGCUCUACCCAUGCCUUUGAAUGCUUUAGCAACGCUGUAG